CUGCAUAGCACAGGAGCUGCCGCCCACCCAGCGAGGGGAACCGCUGCCGGGCCACCAUCGCCGCCCCAACGCCCUUUGUUCCCACGCCCACGGCACGCUCCAAUCGCCGCUCCUCCACACCACAGCUUCGCCAAACUUCAUCGAGCCUCCAUCUCGCUCGAGCCCAUACCCAUUGAGUCUUGCAAAAAGCCCGUCCCACCAUGGCGACCAAAGCAGCCAUGCCAGCUGGCAGCCGCGCGCUAGGAAAUACACACGCCUCAACCAUUCACACCGAAAAAGUACCGACUGCGCCCAAGAGGCCGAGGACCUCACAAACAAAGCCAGAAGACGAGGGCCUUGUGGCCUCCCUGUGCAUGCUCAUCUGCAAUCAUCAGAUUGGCAUUUCUGUCAACCUCCUCACCCUCCUUACCUUGACGCACACCUUCUUCCCCCGCGCCCGGAGUCGCACCAACAAGUUCUUCCACAUGUCCUACUACAACCCCGAAACAGACAUGUAUGGCUGCGGAACCGACGAUAUCCCCUUUGUCCUACUAUGGAGCAUCAUCUUCACCGGAGUGAGGGUCGCAGUCAUGGAGUACAUGUUGGAUCCUCUGGCCAGGCUUGGGGGCAUCAGGUCCAAAAAGGGUCUCGACCGAUUCAAAGAGCAGGCGUGGCUGAUUGUUUACUACACUGUGUCGUGGUCCCUAGGCAUGUACAUCAUGUACCAUUCGGAAUUUUGGCUUGAUCUCCACGGCAUCUGGAAGGGCUGGCCCUUCCGAGAAGCCAACGGCCUCUUCAAGUGGUACUACCUUGUCCAGUGGGGCUUCUGGAUCCAGCAGAUCCUGGUGGUCAACGUUGAAGCGAAGCGCAAGGAUUACGUGCAAAUGUUCACCCAUCAUGUCUUUACGACCGCCUUGAUGUGUUUGUCAUACGGAUACUUCCACAUGCGUGUCGGCAUCGUCAUUCUUACCAUUAUGGACUUUGUCGACAUUGUAUUACCGACUGCCAAGCUGCUCAAGUACAUGGGCUACACAAAUGCCUGCGACUACGUUUUUGGAGUGUUUGUCCUCUCCUGGAUAGCUACCCGCCACGUGCUCUACAUGCUGGUUUGCUGGUCCAUUUACGCUUAUGCCCCCGUCGACAUGGCCCCUGGCUGCUACCUUGCCGAUUCCUUGUCUCAACAAACCUUAUUUAUCCCUGCCUCUAACACUGCCCAAUUUGAAGCCUACGGAGGGAAUAACCUCUGGGGUAACCUAUUCAAAGCAUACAGUGAUCGAAAUGGGCCCGUUUGCUGGAAUCCGCAGAUUCGCUACUACUUUCUUGCUCUCCUCCUUACGCUGCAAGUAUUGUGUUGCAUUUGGUUUGGCACCAUUGCCAAGGUCGUCUACGGGGUCCUGAAUGGAAAUGCUGCUGAAGAUUUGCGCUCAGACGAUGAGGACGAGGGCGAGGAUGUGGAACAAGACCAGACCAAGACAAUUUUCAACAUGGCGACCACAUGCAGUGAGUCUGGCCUAAGUUCUCUGGCGCCAAAGGAGGAGGAAGUCGGUGUUGACGCGCUGACGUUUGCCCGCAUGAACGGCGCUAGUCAGCGACGACAAGCAAGGAGAGAAAGUUGCCGCGCAAGUGGGAUCAGCAUCCCUGGACAUGGAGAUCGCAAGGAGCUCCUGGGUCGCAUUGGUUGUGACAAACCUUCGUAAGCUCCGUCUGCCAUUCUUGAGACAAACCUUGCUGGCGUUUUGGCGUGUGGAAUCGUGAGAGCAUUACGUGUUUCUCUAGAAUCACGAUUGGUGCCUUUCACUGUCGGGUUGUGUUGCUUUGCAGGCGUCGCUGGAAAUGUAUACCCUACUAGAACGUGAUUGUGGAAUCUUCGUUCCUAUGA